AUGUCGCCAGCUAUUAUCUCGAGGGGUGCUGCUUCGGCCACUGCCACAGCAGCGUCACGGCUGCGUGCGCUGGGUUACGACCCCGACGAGCUGCUGCAGCACUACCGCGACCACGGCUACAUCAUCCUCGAUGGUGUUCUCGCCUCAGACGCCUCCUCGCCCCUGCAUCUAGACUCGCUGCGCCGCCUAGCAGAUACGGCGACGCAGAUCACGCGCGCCGGAAAGUGGCCGCACCGCCGCAUCGUCGGUAACGCCUUCCCGCCCUUUACGCAGAACAACCGCGACAGCUGGGGCGUGCAGCACAUCAUGAACCCGCAGCUGGACACCGCCGCCUCCGCAUCGGCUGGAUCGAUGUCGAGUGUCUUUCAGCAGUUCUAUGCGAGCUCACCGCUUCUCGACGUGGCGUCUCUGCUCAUCGGCUGCCAAGUCGAGGCAAUGCAGAUGGAGCUAUUCAACCUACUCAUCAACCCGGCUUCGCACCGCUUUGCACUCGGCUGGCAUCGGGAUGACAUUCGUCCGGAUGUAUCGGAGCAGGAGGAAGAGCAGCGUCUUGAAACACCCACGUAUGGUGUGCAGUUCAAUACCGCGCUCUGGGACGACGACUGUCUGUUCAUCGUGCCGGGCACACACCGCAGACUGCGCACCGCUGCUGAGGUGGUAGCCAACAAUGCCAAAGCCCCACCUGCCGUCCAGGUCGACAGCGAAGGUGAGGUGGACAAGACGUUUGGUGAAGAUGGCGCGUGGAACGGUGUGGACCCACCCAACACGAUGCGCGUCAGGCUCAAGCCGGGACAGACGGCGUUCUACUCGCAGCGCAUCCUGCACAGGGCGAGCUACCUGCCGACAGCAAAGAGGGCCACGCUGCACGGAUGCUACGGCGACGCCUCGUCGGGUACAGGCGCAGCCGAACGCGCCAGGAACGUGCUCCAACACGGCGUCGAGUGGAUGCGCGAUGCACAUUUUGGAGCGAGUUUGCCACCAGUGCUCAAGCCAAGAACGCCCCCACCGGGUCAUCCCAAGGUGGCAGGUCUCGACGCCAAGGCUUCCGAGGCAGACACGCGCGACAGGCACUGGAAUCCCUGGCUCCUCCUCGCCAUCGAUGCGCUCUUCAUCCUCGCCGCCAUCUACGUCGCCAGAAACGGCCUGCCCAGAGCGAUAGCCGAUCCCAUCGCCAACGUGUGGCGAAAGGUCCCCAAGCCAGACGCAAAGACCGAAUGA